UAGCCUCUUAUCCCUGCUGCCGCCCAUGUUCCCCCCGCCCCUUGGCGAGGUCCGGCCUCCCGCUUCGCAUCCGCUCCCCGAGGGCAAAGUGUGGGAAGUUUCCGCGCUGGUCGUUUCCCAGCUCGCCCCCUCACUCCGCCCCGUCCGCGCCGAGCCGAGCCGAGAGGAGCGGAGCGGGAGCGGGAGCGGCGGGGUCACUCAGGACUGCACCAGCUCUCCCCGUCCCGAGCCGGGCUGGGCAGGCAGAGCGGCCGGCGCGGGGCGGCGCGGCUGCAGGGGGAGAAAGAAGCGGCAGCAGCAGCAGCAACUUCAGCGGAGCCUCAGGCCAGCGAGGCGGGCUUGAGAGGGGCUGCGGCGGCGGCUCCUGCCCGGGGAUCCCGAGCCCAGCUGCAGCUCCCCCUGCUCAGCCAGUGCAACAAGUAGCCCCGGUGCUGGGCAGGGCGCGCUGCCGGCGGAGCUCAGAGGAGGGGCCGAGUAGCAGCCGCGGGGAAGGAGGGUGGGAUGCUGGAGAGACACAAAGCCGGCGGGGGAAGCAGCCUGCCGCAGCUCUUCCCGGGAUGGAGGCGCCUCGCAGGCUCGGCUUGAUGCUGCUGCUGCCGGGGGUGGUUUGUGGCUGCUUCUCCCUCCUCUUGCUGCUUCCCCCCGUGGAGUCCAUGUGCCCGGAGCCAUGCGACUGCCAGCUGCAGCAGCACCUCCUGUGCACCAACCGGGGGCUGCGGGCUGUGCCCAAAACCGCCGACCCCCAGGGCAUCCUGACCUACAGCCUGGGGGGCAACUUCAUCGCCAACAUCUCUGCCUUUGACUUCCACCGCCUGGCGGGGCUGCAGCGCCUGGACCUGCAGUACAACUGCAUCCGCUGGCUGCACCCCAAGGCCUUUGAGCGCCUGGUGUUGCUGGAGGAGCUCUACCUGGGCAACAACCGGCUGGUGGUACUGGCACCGGGCACCCUCCGCCCGCUGGCCAAGCUGCGCAUCCUCUACGUGAAUGCUAAUGAGAUCGGCCGCCUGAGCACUGCCUCCUUCGCCGGCCUGGGCAGCCUGGUGAAGCUGCGGCUGGAUGGCAACGCACUGGCAUCGCUGGGCGAAGCCACUUUCUCAGGGCUGCCCAACCUACUCUACUUGCACCUGGAGUCCAACCACAUCCGCUGGCUGAGCCGUGGCACCUUUGCUGGCCUGGCCAAACUGCGCUUCCUUGACUUGUCUGGGAACCAGCAGAGUUCGCUGCGUCACCCAGAGACCUUUGGGCCACUGCGCUCGCUCAGCACACUGCUCCUGUCCAGCAACAGCCUGCAGCAGCUGGGUGGGGGCCUCUUUCAGCACCUGCCCAGCCUGGCCAAGCUCUCACUCAGCAGCAACCGGCUAACACAGCUGGCACCAGAUGCCUUUGCUGGGCUGGGGGCACUGAAGGAGUUGCGACUAGAUGGGAACCUGCUGAGCCACCUGCCCGCCACCUUGCUGGAGCCGCUGCGCAGCCUGGAAACACUGGACCUGAGCCGCAACAUGCUGGCUGCCUUGCACCCUACUGCUUUCGGCCCCCUGCCCAAGCUGCGGGAGCUCAGCCUGCGCGACAAUGCACUGGCUGUGCUGCCGGGGGAACUCUUCACCUCUAGCCUGGCUCUUCAACACUUGGAGCUGGACGGCAAUGCCUGGAGCUGUGACUGCCGCCUGCGAGGCCUGAAGCGUUGGCUAGGAACACGGCACUCACAGGGCCGGCUGCUCACUGUCUUUGUGCAGUGCCGCCUGCCACCCACUCUGGCCGGCAAGUACCUCGACUACGUUCAGGAUGCACAGCUACUGCCACCCGAUGGCUCCGACUGCCACAGCGGGACCUCCCCAUCUCCCUCCCUGCCACCUGCAACAGGGCAGUGGCCCAGGGAGCAACAGUGGCAGCUGAUUCUGGCCCCUGAGAGGCUUGGGGGAAACAGCAGCCGCAGACCGGCCCAAGGGGGACCCGGAUCCCUACCCUCUGCCUCCACUAUUCUCCUGCUGGGUGCUCAGGAGGGGCUUGCUCCGGCCCAAGGCAGCAGGAGAGCCGAGCCCACCCCUACGGCCUCCCUACUUGACCUGCUGGGCAGCUCCAGGCCACCCCCGCCUCUGGCUGGCCCUGCGUGGCCUCGGCGAGCAAGGAAGCACCACCUAGCCCCCUCUGUGGCUGGGGCCCCGCUGGUAUCCGACGCCUGCGACUUCAACAAGCUCUUCCUGUGCAACCUGUCAGUAGAGGCGGUGGGCACUAGCUCAGUGACGGUGCGCUGGUGGGUGCGGCCUCACCGCAGUCCCCGCCUGCUGGGGCCUGUGCGCUUCAGGCUCCUCUUCGACCGCUUUGGGGCCACUGUCAAGUUCCAGCGCUUCAUCUACCUGGCGGAGCGGAGCGAGACAGCUGCCACCCUGCGGGAGCUGCGCCCUGACACUCCUUACCUGGUCUGUGUGGAGGGGGUGCUGGGCGGCCGCGUCUGCCCGGUGGCGCCCCGCGACCACUGUGUGGGGCUGGUCACCCUGCCCGACGGGGGCGCUGCUGGCAGCCCAGACCAGCAGCUCCUCACACUGGUGUUGCUGGCAGUGAAUGCGCUGCUGCUCUUCGUGGCCCUGGCAGCCUGGCUAUCCCGCCUGGUGCGGAGGAAAAUGCAGGGGCGGCGGCAGGCAGCACCGGUGCAUGUGCGACAGAUGUACUCAACCCGCCGGCCGCUCCGCUCCAUGGGCACUGGUGUCUCUGCUGAUUUUUCUGGCUUCCAGUCCCACCGCCCGCCCCGCAGCGCCGUCACUUGUGCUCUCAGCGAGACUGACCUCAUCGAGUUCCCAUGCGAGCGCUUUGCCGACAGCAGCAGUGCCCGGCGCGGGGAGGACCACCUGCUGCAGCAGCGAUUUGCUGACUAGCAGUGUGGCCCAUGGAAACUACAACUCCCAGCUGGCCCCAUGCUGGCACCAUGGUUUAGCAGAGCUUGCUGGGAGUUGUUGUUCCUCCCUGCCCCCGGUCGCCUCACCAUGAGCAGGGCUGCAUGGAACUUAAAGCUGUUGCCAAGCAGAGGGGGAGUGGGUUGAGAUGGAGCACCUGGAGUAAAGACCUAGGCGCUCCAUGUGGGUGAGUCUAACAGAUGGGACCCAAGCUUGUUACAUAAUUCCAGCACUGCAGUCUCAAUAUAUCAGUGUUCCUUUCUGCUGGUAGAAGGGGGCUGGAGUUCUCGUGGGCACAUCCCAGUUACCAGGAGGGGUUAUGUGGGGUUGGUUUUGGUCUGGCACAUUUAUUAUAAAGAAAUCCUUAAAAAUAUUAGUACUUUCUUGAGGAUUUAAAAAAAAAUCAUUAACCUAAGGAAGUAACUCUGCAUUUUAAAAUAAUUGCUGUCAAGAAGAACAGAAGAGUAUCGGAGCUAAUGCACAUAGCAGCAGGGGUGGACUCUGUCAUCAGAGCCAGCAGUUUAUGUACUGUGUCUUUCAGGAUAAUCUUCUUGCACUGUGUUUAAGAAGGUCCAGGUUACCUUUCACUGGUCAAACAAAUAAUCCAAAUCACUGAUGUGAUACAAGAAAUGUGUUUGAAGUUUACUGAACACUGACUUAUUAAAUCCAUCAUCACUUUCUAGGCAUAUUAUUGAAAUAAGACUUUUAGGAACAGCAUCAAUACCGAAUUCUGCAACAUACAAGGAAUCUGAACAGAAUGGAAUAUAGAGCGUUUGAAUGAUAUGGUUGUUUUAACUCAAAUAGAAUGCAAGACAACUGUGUGUAUGUGUGUGGGUUUUAUACCUUUUUAUAUAAAAAACAAUAAUGCAAUUGAUUUUAGUUUUGCAGGAAUAUAUUGCUGACACCACUAGGGAAAACUAACACAAGUUUUGUAAUGUUUACAAGGAAUUAUUCCAAAAUUGUGUUUUAAAUAAAUACUGUUUGGUACUUCUACACUUUAAUGUGUGUUUUAGUUGUCUGGGUACAUGGUUGGUCAGUGGACCUUCAAAUAAUCCAUCUUCGUAGCUACCUGAGUGCAUACUAAGGUGAAUUAUUGAUUGAUAGGUAGCAUAGAUGCAUUCCUUCUUUAACAAUAAUAAGUGGAGGAUAUUUCAGAAAUGUGAAACAAACUUAUGCCAAUAAGUAAUUCUUAGUUUUACUGUACUAAAAUUAGUUUUAUAUGUACUUGUACCUCACUGUGAAAUUCAGUAAUUUUUUUAACGUUAAUCUGUGUUUCUCAGUGUUUUGCUCAGCUAAUUGAGUAAUGAUAAAGUUAAAUCUUUAUCUUGAGUUAAUCUUUUGCAGUAGUAUGUUACUUUUAUUUGAAUGCAUUUUUGUUUUCUGAGUAGUAUUAAUCAUUUUAUGAUUGGCUGCUCUCUGCUUUCUGGGAGUUUUGCUUCCCUAAAUAUUUACAAAAAUGUGCUUCUGCCACUAUUAAACAUGGUGGUUUAGUUUACAUUAGUUCUUUUUGCGUGGUCUAGAAAUGAGCUAAUUUUUAAAAAGUCCAAACUGUGGUUACAGUUAUAUGCAAAUAUUAUAGGAGUUACUUGUGCUCCUGUUCAUUUUACCUGGUGCCUCAAAUGAACUCUUGAGGAAGUGAAUGGCUCAGGAGUUUGAUGAUAUAUGGAGGCAUCAGUCUCUAUGUCACUGGUUCACAUUUGACCUAGGUUGGUGCUGACCAGAAAGUUUUUUGUUUAUGGUCUGAUGAUUGUUCAGUAGCCUAAAUUAAGUCAUGUGGUGGUGUCUGUCUGCUUUUUAAUGAACAAAUAUUUACAAAAGGCACCAUAUUAAUUGGUACCCUUGUUGAGAGUCCAGUGACUGAAUGGGAAUGAGCCUUUUACACCCUGGAGAUGGCUUCUUAAUAUUAGGGUCCAAAUACAGUGAAGAGGGAGUGUUAGGAGAAUUUGCCUUAACACUUACCAGUUAUGUGCAGAGAGGAUUUCAGAGUGAAAUAUUGAUCCUAUUGACGUUAAUAGGAAUUUUUCUAUUGAUUUCAGUGGGGCUAGGAUUUCACCCUUAGUCUAAAGUUUCGUGAAGAUGUAUCUUUCAGGGACAAAAUCUUGUAGUCCACAUGCAGGAAAAUUUUCGCUUAAAAUCACUAAGAUGCAGGACUGAAUGAAAUUUGGAUUGAAGAAAUGCAGGAUCAGCUCUUAAGUUAAUUUUUUAAAUGUCUUAAACUCUUGGCUCGUUUACUUUCAUAUAUCUAUAUAGCUAUGGGACCCGUGUGAUUAAGUGAUUAUCGGUGGACAACACCAUUGUUAUUGCUAGAAAUUAAUGGGGAUUGCGUAGCAUUAAACUGUAUAUCACGCUUAGUUUAGCUCUAGCACUGGAUAUUCUUCUAAUAGGAGAUGCAUACAUACUGUACACAAUUACGAUCAGUUAUGUCAAUAAACCCAUUUGCUAAAAGAAAAGCAGUGUCUCCAGAUUGAUUUUAAAAUGAUACAGUAUAAAAUACAGAGUUUGGUUUUAUUAGUUUAACUGUUUUUACAUUACCCAAGGCUGCACCUUGUCUGUUACUUCAUUCCUGUCGUCAUCUUUUCUCCACAUAUUUUUCCAAUGUACCAUACUUUUGUUUUGGUUAUAGUAUGUUGGGUUAGUCUAGGAUAAUUUUGGCUUAAAGCAAAAUAUUUUAAUAUCUGUAAAGAAACACUUUAUGUAUGCCAAGGAUGCAAGUAUGGGUAAUUAUACCGGUUACAGGUUUUCCUGGGUUGGUACAGACCAUCUUGGACCUCUGCUGAUAAUGUAUUAUCAGAUCAGUAAACAAGUGGUCAUCUCUAAUGUUGAUAUCUCAUGAACAGUUAGGGAUAACAACAGAUACUUUUACUGUUGGGGAAAUAUGGGUACCAGCUUCACGGGGUAGAAGGCAUUUAUUUAUAUGACUGGCUGAUCCUUUUGGACCCUAAAAUAGUUGUCAUUCAAUUUUGUUCUUCUUGAAUUCUGAUAAUGGCCCGUCCCAAAAAAUUGCUAGAGAUAGUAAUGAAUGGUUCAUACCUUCUAAAAUUCUGGGCUUAUAUAAAUUUGUAUUAAUCAGUCUUUAAUUCUGGCAUUUUGUGUCAAAGCCAUAAUGGAAGUCACGGGUAAAAACCCAAGAUGGUUAGUAGAAUGAUAUGGGUGAUUUUUAAAGAAUAAUGUUUCUUAACUUUGGGCUGGAAACUGGUUAGCAGAGCCAUACAAGUUCUUUCAGGAUCAGUACACAUUUUUGUGCCAUAGGCCCGUACUAACAACGGGGAGGAAUAUCAGUUCCUGAAUUAUGGGAAUGAUAUUAUACAGUUCUUGUUUCACCAGUAAAAUAAUAGCAUUUACAUCUGCCCUUUUUCUCCACUGCAGUUCUUCUCUAAAAAUGGAGAAUGUAAAAUAGAACAGUCUAACUAAAUUGAUCUGUUCUCAACCUGUAUUCAGAGUUGUAUCUGCUUCUUUUAGUGACAAAAAUAAUUUUUGAUUGAUCUUUGCUGGUCUUCGCCCUGCAGGAACCCACAAAACUCAGAGUGAGCUGGAUGUUAUUCCUACUUUCCUAUAAAUCAUCAGAAUUGUUUAAAAAGUUCCAACUACAGGUGAAAUCAGUUACCACUAUGUAAAGUCACUGACUACAACGGGUAUCACAAAUGCAUCAUGGAGGGCACAGUCUGAAAGGAAUAGGUUUGUACAGGUGUAACAGAGAACCUGAUUUGUCCUGUUAAACUGAUAUUACAGAAAACAACCACAACCGAAUUUGACUUUUGGAGCUUGGGUUGAGUUUGCUGGGCUGGCAGAAAAUAACACUUGUAUACUGAAGUCAGUGUGAUAUGGAAAUUGAGACAAGGUAGACAUGAAAUCCCACAAUGCCAUUUGUAGAAUGACUUCAGAGUAGAAACAUAGUUUAAACUAUUAAAAGAGAUUUUUAUAAAUCUCCUCAUUCCUAUCCCCCUGAAAAGCCCAAUAAAUAAACAUAAGGUUUAUCUCCCUAAAGCAUGUCAUUUGCAGUUUCAUCAGCAUAACCUUUUAAAUUAUUGAUUAUCAAAAUUAAAUAUAGUAGGUGCAAUGGGUCAGAAUCAGCAUGUUAAUAGGUUAAUAAGUCAACUUUACACUUUAGGUUACAAUAGGUGCACCCACAAAAUUUCACAUUUACUGCAAACACACUGGAUAUAUGUAAUAGGUGAAGGAGCAGGUAGGAGGAAAGCUACCCAUUUAUCUGUUCAAACAUCUAGAUGCACACAAAAUUCAGGGUUUGUCUGCAAAGUGGAUAUAGGUUUAUUUUGUGGGGUAGAUGGAGAGGUUUAUCACCUGACCAGGGACUUGAACCCUUGACCCUCAGAUUAAAAAUCUGAUACUCUACCAACUGAGCUAGACAGGCUGAGCCAUGUGGAAAAAUAUGACCUGCAAAGCUGGCAAAAAAAUACAACACCCAAAUCUUGAACAAAUAUGCAUCAACAUACAUUAACAUUUAUUCUUUGUUUGGACAUCUUUUUUGAGAAGAAUUGCUGCAGAUGAAAUGGUGAUAUAUAAUUUGUUAUGUAUCUUAAUCAAGUGAAUAAAUGUAAGGCCCCAUUCUGCACACCUUUUGAAUGCAGAGAUUUUGUUAUUUUUGUUGUACCAUAAAUAUAACAUACUUUUGGCAGAAUGUCCCUGGACACCGUUGGUUUUUUUGUUUUUUUUUAACUGCUGUUUGUUUUUCUCAAAUGUUUAUUUUUCUCAGGCAUGCACAUUCAUUCCUAUAGAAGAAAAGUCUGUUGUCUUUGAAUUCCUAACAUUUAUUAUGUAAUUGUCCAUGAAUGUAUUGCUAUAACUACUCCUUGAGAUCUUUUAU